AUGGUUGACCCUGGUUUCAUAAGAGUUAGCCACCUCCCUGAUCCAUCCCAAAGUGCACACACGUCCGUCUGGAUCUCUCCACAGAAUGGCUGCCACUACGACAUCCUCCUUGAGCACCAGCACUACGACGCCCUUGGCGACUCCAUCAAGCACAACAUCGUCGUCGACAACAUCGUCCCCUUCUUUACCCGGUCAGGAAUCGCCCACGUCAUCCUUGACAAGCACGUCUGCGACCUCCGCAUCAAGCUCAGAAGCACUGUCAACCAGUACAUCUAUACCAACAAGCUCUUCCUCAGCUUUAUCGCAGGUCACCUCUGUCGUACCCCCCAGCAGCUCUCCCAACUCGAGCAACACAGUCCCGACUUCGUCAAGCACCUCGAGUACCCAAGCCACCCUACCCAGCCCAUCGCCGAACAAUGUGCCUUUCUCUUCCUCCGUCGGCGCAGAAAAGGCGCAGGCGCGGGGCCUUUGGCGCAAUUCUCCGAAGAGAAGCCACCACAGCAUCCACCACUGGGUCUAGGAGCUUCCGCAUCCUUUCCUUAUAUUCCUCAUCCUGCCGACGAUGAGACAGUACGCGCGCGGAUCCUCACGCUUUUCGACCAUGCCAGUCUCCAUGUCGACAACUACUACUCUUCCGGAGUGGCCGCGGCAUCCAAUCUGCACGACUCGGCUACGCCUCUUUCAAGCUACGAGUCCCCGUACCUGCCGGCAACGAUCACAACGUUGCUGGCGAAACCAGGCAGACAGCGCGCUGUCCUCACGCAUGUUCUUGUUCGGGAAUUACUGCAGCAGAUCACCCCGGGACCCGCAAAGGGGAAGCUUCUGCCUGCAUGUUACGCGUCCUGCCCGCAAGUGGUGGAUCAAACACCAGAGACAGACCAUGCGCUUUUCAGCUGGCGGAUGCUGACAGCGUACCUCUACCGGCAUCAGCAGGCCACUCGCGACGCAGACGAGCACGCCAUCGACAGGCUAACGGAGAGAUUUGUCGACACGUUUACCGGCUAUGCCAAUUCCGCACAUACCAGGUCAGAGCGCCUCCAGCAUUUGAAGUCCGUAGCCUCUGCGGCGGCGGACUUGGGGCGGUGGUUGUUCGCGCAGCCCUGUGCCUUUGAGUUUGUCUGGGAUUAUGCCGGGAGACAGGGAGUGGUGAUUACGCCGAGGGUUGUCAAGGUCUGUGAUGAGCAGGGACGGCGGUUGUCGGUGCCACAGGUCAUGGCGGAGGGGACAUCGUUGUAG